AUGAAGAAAUAUUUGAAAAAUGGACAAAAUGAUAAAAAUUUAUCUUCAUCCAAUUAUCCUUGGAAAACACAAUGGCAGAAUAUUAUAUUAGAACAAGACUCUUUAAUCGAAAAUAUUUCUAAUGAAGAUAUAAUUCAAGUUUGGCAUGUUAAAAGAACUGGUAGUUCAGAAGUUGGCAAUUAUAUUGUAUUACUUGAUGAUGGUUCACACCUUUGUACAUCAAUAUUUCAUGUCAAUCUUAUUUCUUCAUGGUAUCCUCCGUCAAAUUGA